GCAUUGUCAGUUUGCAUUUCUGAAUUUCUCCAGAAGUUGAACUUUGGGACAAACUUUGUGAUGCCACAUUAGAACUGCCAGAAAACAUGAACUAUUUACAUCUCACACAGCAUCGAGCAAUCGCUAUUUGUGGGCCUUCUUGCUUUGAUCCAAGACUAACUCAGAAAUGUUUCUCAGUUUUGGACUACAACUCUCAAAACUUCACCAGCCAGCUGUACUUUUAGUCCGAACUGGGAAACUUUCCCUCUUUUUGCUUCCAGGGAGCUGCAAGAGGCUUAAGUCUGGGAAAGUCCCAGAUCUUUAUCUUCCUGACUAGCAAAUCGGAGAGACAGGAAGGCUUUUCAAGUGAUCCAAAGAAGAAGACAAACAACAAGGAAAACAAAGCCUGCGUCUCUGCCGGAGACUAUGCUUUGACCAUCACACCUGGCAAGUAGACCAACACCAUCUCCCUCAAUAGGAGAAGCAGGGUUGUUCUGCAGAUUUGGGAGAUCUUCUGGACAAGCAUGUGUAAUUUGCAGCUCCAUCUCUUUGAUGCCCAUCUUGCUCUCAGCAAGUGGCUAAACCUCCUGAAGUAGAACAGUGAUCCUGGUUGCCUGAAGGAUAAUCCUGGGUUCAAAGCAAGCAUAAUAAAAGCCUAGGAGUUUGGAUAUGGAUAACUUGACCUUGUCCACUGAGAAGAAGGACUCGUGCACUUAUCACGAAGAGUUUAAGCAGAUCCUGCUGCCCGUGGUGUACUCCAUGGUCUUGGUGGUGGGGCUGCCCUUGAACGCGGUGGUCAUUAUCCAGAUCUGGCUGUCCCGGAAGGCACUGACCCGCACCACAAUCUACAUGCUGAACCUGGCGGUGGCCGACUUACUCUACGUCUGCUCCCUGCCUCUCCUUAUCUACAACUAUUCCCAGAAAGACUACUGGCCCUUUGGCGAUUUCACUUGCCGCUUUGUGCGCUUCCAGUUCUACACCAAUUUGCAUGGCAGCAUCCUCUUCCUCACCUGCAUCAGCAUCCAGCGCUACCUGGGGAUUUGCCAUCCACUCUCCACUUGGCAUAAAAAGAGGGGCAAGGGCUUUACUUGGAUUGUGUGCGGGGUGGUGUGGUUUGUCGUGGUGGCCCAAUGCCUGCCCACCUUCAUCUUUGCCUCCACCGGCAUCCAGAGGAAUCGGACCGUCUGCUAUGAUUUGAGCACGCCAGAACGCUCUGCUGACUACUUCCCCUAUGGCAUCACCUUGACUGUCACAGGCUUCCUGAUUCCCUUUGUCUCCGUCUUGGGGUGCUACUGCCGCAUGGCGAAGAUCCUCUGCCAGAAGGAUGAGAUGAUUGGGUUGGCCGUCCGCAAGAAGAAAGACAAGGCCGUCCGGAUGAUCAUCAUCGUGGUGCUGGUCUUCGCUAUCAGCUUCUUUCCCUUCCACCUGACCAAGACUUUGUACCUGAUCAUCCGCUCCAUACCCGGAGUGCCUUGCCUCACCAGGCAAGCCUUCGCCAUCGCCUACAAGUGCACCAGGCCUUUUGCAAGCAUGAACAGCGUUCUGGAUCCCAUCCUCUUCUACUUCACCCAACGCAAGUUUCGGGAAAGCACCAGGCACCUUUUGGACAAGGUCAGCUCCAAAUGGAAGCAUGAUUGUUGAAGGACCAUCAUCAGCAAAGUGAACAAUCAAAGGUGCCCUGGUGCCAAGGAGGGUUGGGCGAUGUACAGCUUCCUGGCACAUACAAGGCAGCCUCCUAUUGCUGGCCACUCAUUGCCCACUCAGCGGCAGAGACUGGCUUAACCUGACUAGGAGCUCCAAGGCCUGGUUGUUCACGGAGAAGGUUACCAUGUAAAUAGUGGACCACUGGUAUGUUCUUCUCUCCUGUUGCACUGUGGCUUGAGAAUACACUUCACACUGGGCUUGGAGAUGUUUUUUCCAACAUGUCUCAGUAUGUCAUGUUUCAGCAGGGAGUGAACAGAAAGCAAAGAGCAGAUGAAGAGCAGGAAUGCUACUUAUAGAAUCACAGACUCCUAGAGUUGGAAAAGACCCCAAGGGCAAUCCAGUCCAACCCCCUGCCAUGCAGGAAUACACAUUCAAAGCACUUCCUCUCUCAGAUGACCAACCAGCCUCUGUUUAAAAACCUCCAAAGGAGGAGACUCCACCAGCCUCCAAGGCAGAAUUUUCCACUGUCAAACAGCUCUUAUUGUCAGGACAUUCUUCCUAAUGUUGAGGUGGAAUCUCUUUUCCUGACAGUUACAUCAAUGGAGGGAAGCUCCCAAGCUGACUAUUAAUUUCAGGUCUUCAUCCAGGUGUCUUUGAUGACUAAGGGAAGAGAUUUCCCUUAAGCAACCCACUGAGGAUUAAGCUAGUGCUUGUUCACAACACAGUAUUAUUACUGUCCCACUGAGUGGCUCCAAUCAUUCAUACCUCUUGAAAAAAUAUUAAUGGGUUCUAAACACAAUGUCUUAGGUACUAUAUGGGGAGAUAGACGGUAAAGUUUCACCCAGGUAGAUCUCCAUUCUGUCUCCCCACUUCUCUCCUGCAAGACUCACUUUGUUGUUGGAUAGAGGGAAUGCAGUCAACAUGGCCAUUUAAUUGCCAGGUGGGCAGUUGAGAAGCAUCCAGCUCUGGCCUUAUAGUGUUGGCUAUUACUUUUAAAGCCCUACAUAGUUAGGGUCCAGGUUACCUAUGGGAUUGCCUCCUCCCAUUGGAUCCACCUCAUACUCUCAGGUCCUUUGGGGGAACAUUUACUUCAACUGGCCAGGAUUAGACUGGCAACUGUCACCCAGAGGACCUUUUUGUUUCCGCCCCUAGAUUGAGGAAUGACCUGCCAGGUUCAACAGCUAAGCAUGCUGUCUGAAUUUAAAACAGCAUUAAAGACCUAUCUUUUUCGGCAGGCCUACCCAGUCAGUUUUAAACUAUGAAUUUUAGAUUGGUAUAUUUUUAAUUUUAUGUUUGGAUGAUUUUAAUGUGUCCUAUGUUUUUUGUGUUUUAAUUUAUGUGUUUAAAAGGCUUUAUGUGCUUUAAUCUCUGUUGUAACUGGCCUUGAGCUUUGGAGAGAGGCGGGUAAGGAAUAAAGUUUAUUAUUAUUAUAGCCAGACACACAGCAACAAAGCCAUUCUCCAGGACCUCCUGGGGCCUUGUUCAGAUUAUUGUUGUGCAUCCACCUAUACUGUGGUUUCCAAACCUCCAGCUGUCUUGGACAUCAACUCCCAGAAGCCACAGCCAGCUUUGCCAACAGUCAGGAAUUCUGGGAGAUGAAGUUAAAAACAUCUGGAAGAUCAAACUUUGGGAAUCACUGAUCUAUAGUGAGGGUGGGUAAAGAGCAGCAACCUUUGGGACACUUGCAGCCCCCAGGGAUGCUUUUGUGGCCUCCAGGGGUCAUUGUUAAAAAAUCUCCCCCAAUUUUUGUUAAAUGCCUGUUGUUCUUGUCAUUUCCUUCAAGUCAUUUCCAACUUAUAUUGACGCAAAGGCGAAGCUAUCUUAAAUGCCUCUAAAUACCUUCUAGGGUGUUAGGGGGACAUUUUCCCCAUGUUUGCAUCUCCCUAACCAUUUUAGACCAAGGAGAAGCCCCUUUUAAAACCUGGGCUUGACCUUUUAGUCACUUCCACAUACAGUAUUUAAAAAAAAGGACUCCCUUGAGCAUCAAAUGGUCCAGAGGGACCCAAAACAUGGUAACGUAGUGUGGUUAUAGGAGUGUGGCCCUCUAAGAUCUCCUGGGGGGUUAAUGCAUCCCACUUACAUCCUACAGUUCCCCAUCUCUGGACUAUAGGAACAUAUUUUGGACACUUCUUGGUUGCUCUUGCUCUCUCCUGGCCACUAGAUGGUCAGACUUGGACCCCUCUAAGAUUUCAAGUGUAUUUCAAGGGAGCUGGGGAUCAGUCUGCCCACAAGGGAGCUGGUAAACUCCUCCCUGGGCCAUAAGCAAGAAAAGACAUAUGCUGUCAUAUGCCAUAAAAUGGGUGCCAGUCCAUAUAACAGGUGCCAGUCCAUAUAACAGACUGAAGAUCUUCAGCAUACGUACAGGCAUGCAGUAUAAAUGGAGAGCCAGGGGCAGCGAAUCAGUUGAUCAAACCCUGAAGAUGAUAUAGCACUUCUGUUUCAUGAAUUGCCACUGAAUUUAGGAAAUGGGAUCUUGUACAGUACUCACACACACACACACACACACACACACAUCCCAAGGGGUGCAACUACACUGUAGAAAUAAUGCAGUUUGACACCACUUUAAUUGCCACAUUGCCAUCCUACAGAAUCCUGGGAUUUAGCAUUUUGCAAGGCACCAGUGCUCUUUAGCAGAGUCCUGGUAAAACUACAAAACCAUAGGAUGGAGCUACAGCACUUAAAGUGGUGUCAAAUUGCAUUAUUUCUACAGUGUCUCAGAAGAGACCCUGUUAGAUGCGACUAGUAUUUCUUGGCUUAAUAAUGCCAUUUCUUCAUGUUCUUCUCCAAAAUCUUUUCAUUUUUUUUUCAUGGUAUGCAAUGCAACAAAAUCUGGACAUCAAACCACUACAGCUUAGUUUAUACUGGCAAGGCCAGUGUUCCUUAAAAUAUCUGAUGUGCCAGACAUACGGGGACAGCACUAUAUAUGUGCCCAUUCAGUACAACCAGGGUAACCAAAUGUCUUCCUUUUCCAGGGCAUGUCCUACAUUUCAACCUCCUGUCCAGGAGGAAUUCAAAAUGUAUUCCUUUUUGAACCUAAGAAGCACGAUUUUCCAUUUCUAUUAGUGUUUUUAGCUUUUAUUUCCUGUUGUCCGACAUUUGUCUUGAAUGUUGUAUGUUUUAUGGUGCCUCGUCCUUAGCACUUAUGACAUCUGAUCACCCUGACUACAAUACAUCCUCCAACAUUAAAACUGGGGUACAUGUGGCCAAACAACAUCAGAGUGUGGUCAAAAUGGCAAAAAGACAUUAAUGAAGAAGAAUCCACAAGCUAGGAGAGGCUGCAGUGGUUUGCUUUUGCCUGAGCCGACUGGGAAGGGCAAGAUCCCUCUCUUCUCUCCAUGCUGAGUUAAAUGAGUCCACAUUACUUUGGCACUUUGUACUCAGUUUGCAGCAACAGAAAUAGCCUGAGGACAAAGGGGUAGAAAGAAAGAGAAAUCGGACAUUUUAAAAGCAACUGAAAAAGUGAAACACAGAAGAUUAAUUUGGACUAUCCCUGCUUAAGCCGGACAGCUUGGAAAGUACAGUACGUUACAAUGAUUUCAUUCUUUCCUGUAAACUCAUCACAGAUCAGUAGCCGAUAGGUCAUGGACAGACACUGGUCUGCAGACUAGUAGAAACCUAGUCUAGUAGAAAUCUAAGAAAUGCAUUUAGCAAUAAAUGGGAGACUUCUUGAGUCUUGUGGAAAUGUUGAAAGAGUCAUCUUCAGAUGUACCAUAGUCUGAAACCUGGACUGUGGCAAUGGGCUUUUCAAGAGAGUCAGCUUGUUUACUGUAAUAAGAAAGCAAGUUCCUAGUUCUCAUGGUUCCAGAGAAAAACACAGCGGCAAACUGUACUUUGCUGCUCCAAGCUAGAUCUCCUUGGUUGCUUGGAAGCAUGCAUAGACUUCUUAGGCAUCGUGGUCUGCUCCGUUUCUGUCAAUGUCCCAUGGAUUUUAUUUUAUUUUUUUACAAUGUGAUGGUAGGCAUGACUACAGAUAUGCAGCAGAGGAAUGGACAUUGCAAAUCAAACUAGAAAAAAACACAACGACAUAAAUGCAUGUGGUCAGAUACAUUGUCUAAAAUACUGAUUUCUAGUCAGUAGGUCAGGACCCACGGUAAGGUUGCAGAAUACAGCAAUGCCUUCCACUGUAUAAAUGUAUGGGAAAUUAGUAAAAGAGUGGGUCCCUAAAUGCAUGUAUGAGCCAAAAGUGGGUUCUGGGUCUGAAAUCAUUUUAAAGCUGUCUUGUGUCUAAUGUGUUUCAAUGUGUUUAAUUUAUUGAGUCCUUUUAACAAAAUAAUAAUAAAAGUUACAUGCCAAGCGAA